GUUUGGAAGUGCAGCACGUGAAAAGUUGUCGAAACCUGUAACCUUAUCAUUUAACAUGGAGAAAAGGCCUCACUCCAUCCCUGUGCCCAAAUUAUACAAAGAGGCUGCGAAGCUUCUGAAACGUUACGAAAAUAAGGAGGGAACCAUCAAGAACCUGGUGCUCAAUAAUAAGAAAUACCGGAAUUAUCGAACUCUUUCUGCAUUGAUGUGCAAAACUGUUCAGAAUGCAACAAGAAUACAAACAGCCAUUGCUGCUUCCGGACUUUUAGUAGAACAGCCACGGUUUGAUCCACACCUUGCAAAGAUAUUGACUUCUGAACUCAUCAACAAAGGACGCUUACCAGGAAAUAGCAAGCCGGAACUAACGCUUCUUGAAUAUGAAGAGAAAAUAAGGAAGAUAAUUGGUACAGAUCUGAAUGACAACAAUGAAGAUAAAGAGAAGGAUUCCCUACCCAGGUACGUCAGAAUCAACACCCUGAUCACAAAUGCUGACAGGGUCCAUAGCCACCUAGCCAGGGAAGGAUGGAGAUACGAAGAACAGUACUUUAAUUCAUAUGAUGACUUUUUGGAAUGUGUACAGAAUUUGGAUACUGACAGUUACAUGGUAGAUUACCACAUGAAAGACCUCUUGGUUUUCCCUCCCAACACACCCUUUUGGAAUGACCUGCUCUACAGAAAAGGAGCCAUAAUCUUGCAGGAUAAGGCUAGUUGUCUGCCAGUUUUCCUGAGUGAUAUUAGAUCAGGAUCAAAUAUAAUUGAUGCUUGUGCUGCUCCUGGGAACAAGACUUCACAUAUUGCAGCUGUUAUUGGUAAUGAAGGGAAAAUCUUGGCUGUGGAGAAAGACAGUGAGCGGUUCGCAACACUCCAGAAGCUGAUGAAGGAACGAGGAGUGGAAUCCAUCACCUACGAGAACAAAGACUUCACAAAGCUCUCUCUUGAUUUGUAUGGGGAGGCUCAUUACAUCUUCCUGGACCCAACCUGCUCUGCCAGUGGAUUGAAUAUUAUCAAAGAUAAUAUUUCCCCACAGCGCAUCAAAGGACUUGCAUCAUUUCAGAUACAUCUCCUUCAGUUUGCACUCUCAUUUCCAUUUGUGGAAGAGGUUGUAUACUCAACUUGUUCUGUAUAUGAAGAAGAGAAUGAGGAAGUCGUAGAAGAGGCACUGAAAACUUAUGGCCAUCAGUUUGAGCUUGAGGAUAUUGGAAAAAAACUUGACGGCUGGAAGCACUUUGGAAAAGAAGGCUUUGAAUUUGGAAGCAAGUGCGUAAGAACUGUUCCUGAUGUGGACAGAUGCCACGGCUUCUUUGUGGCAAAAUUUGUGAGGAAAGCAGAGCCAGAUGAAGAAGGGGCAUUCAAACGUGAAGAGGAUGAGGAACAUGACGAAGAAACCUUGAAGAACAAUGCCAUUUCAUGUGACAGUGAACUAAAGGAGGACUUGGAGGAGGUAGAGCAUAAUCAUGAUGGAGAUCAGACUCAAAAGAAAAAGAAGAAGAAGAAGAAAAAGUCUGCUGAGGAUGAUGGUGGAAAGGUACACAGUGGAGAAACAGAGAAGGACAAUGCUGUUUCAUGUGAAAGUGAAUUUACAGAGGAUGUAGAAGAGGUAGAGGACAGUCAUGUUGAAGAUGAUUCCCAAAAGAAAAAGAAAAAGAAAAAGAAAAAGAAGAAGUCAGUGAUAGGUGACGAUGAGGAGGAAAAUAAUAGAAAUAGAGGGCAGGAUAGUGCUACUUCCUGUGAAAGUGAAUUUAGAGUGGACUUAAUGGAAGUAGAAGACAAUGAAGAACCCCAUACUCAAAAGAAGAAGAAAAGGAAGUCGACUAAUGAUCCUAGUUGUGAGGUACACAUUGGAGAAACAGAGACAGGUCAUGUGGUUUCAUAUGUAAGUAAAUUAAAGGAGGAUAUGGAGGAAGUAGAAGACAAGCAAGAUGAAGACCAUACCCAAAAGAAAAAGAAGAAGAAGAAAAAGAAGACAAUCGGAGAUGCUGGUGAUAAGGAGAAUAGUGGAGACAGAGCUGGUUCUUGCGAAAAUGAAUUAAGGGAGGACUUAGAGCAGGUAGAGAAUGAUCUUGAUAUAGAUUGUACUCAAAAAAAGAAAAAAAAGAAGAAAAGAUCUAGAGAAUUAGAAUCAGGCUCAGGAAUACCUCAGGAUAAUCUUUUAGACAGUAGUAAUCUUGAGGAAAAUAUUAUUAAGAAGAAAAAGAAGAAUUCCCUAAGUAAUAGCAAUGACUAAAAGAGGAAAGUAAUAUAGGUAAAGAAAAAAAAAAUGAAGAAAAUUCAAAGAAUGCCCUGAAAAUAACUUGACAAAUAACUUUGUUAAAAGUGAAGUUCUUUAUUUUCAAAUUGCCAAAGUCUGGUUAAUAUUAUUUAAUAAUUCUUUCUAUAAAUCUCAUCAAGAAAUUAACUCCACUGGUCAGCGGAGCUAAAUUUGAAUAAAAAAAAUAAAACAUGGGAAACUUUGAUGACUGCACAUUAGGGGAAUGGUUUAUGCUUUUAAGUAUAAUGUGAAAUCUACUUGAUUGAAUUCAUCCAGUGAAAAAAAAAAAAAAAAUCAGCUCUGGUUAUCACUUUUAAGAAAAAGCCAAGGAGAGAGAAGAUUGAGGUCAUGAUAUGCCUACAAAAUACAUUGAAUUCCUUACAUAAUAAUAGUGUUGUGCCUUGAAAAUAACAGUUUCAUGUGGCUCAACAAAGCAGUGAGAAGCAUUCAAUAGAGAAAAAUGAUGUGGGAAACAGGUUCAGAAUUCACAGUCUGGUGGAUGUCACUUGAUAUGAUAAGUGCCAGCUGGCAUGUACCAUUCUGAAUACACAUUUUAACGUGUAUACAGGAUUCCCCUUCAUGCAUCUACUAGUGAAUUUACUUUAAGUAAUGUUAAGAAACCUCUUUUUUAAUGUUGAAAAAAUAUUAUAGCAGAGUUAGUUUAGUGUGCCAUGUGAAGUUAAGAGUAAACAAAUUUAUUGCACUUUUUAUAUAAAAAUGUGGAAUGUGGAGUUUCUGAUUUCUGAGUUUCUUCCUAGAUAGGAAGUUAGCCUUUUUAGAUUAAUUAAGAAAAGUAUUUUUUUGACACUAAAUAGGAAUGAAAUAUAUAUCAAGAGGAUAUGACAGGAGAAAUUGUAUAUUGUUAUACAAGCAUUUUUCUCUUAUGCUGGGGUGAGUAAAUGUUAAUUGAAACAUUACAAAAUAAAA